AAUGCCGUUCAGGUGCUUUCAGAAACACAGCCUGUCCAAAGCUAGGCUCUCCGAUUCCUUAAACAGCCGGCGCUGGAGGUUCUUGCAAAGCAGUCCGGAUGACUUCCGAGCCGGCCUUCCUCCUCUAAGCCGCAGCAUUAUAACCCAGCCCACAAAGGGGCCUGUCCCGGUCCUUCUCCGCACCAAGUCUGAGGCUCUGCGCAAGACCCAGCUGAGAUCCAAACGGAGGAAUCUUGAUCCCCAGAGCUGCAUCUCCAGACUCAGUCAGAUUCAGCAGGCCAGGAAGGAGACUGUGGCUCAGACGGAAUACUGCCUCAGCAGACACCCCUUGGCCCUCUAUCCUCACCUGGCAGAAAGCAUCCCUCUAGAGCUUUUCCAAGAGGUUGUGCGUGUCCUGGAUCCUGAGAUGCUUCCCGUCAGUGAAGAAGAGGAGGCUGAAAUGGAACAGGAGUAUCUUGUUCUGUCUGCAUCACCUUGGUUGGAGGGUAAAGGAGAAAGAAAGACAAAGCCCAAGAAGUCACAUAAGGGCAAGGAUGUGAAAAGCAAGGACCCUUACACCUGGUUCUCCAAACAAAAAGUGGCUGCGAGAGAAAGGGAGGCCAGGCUGAAUUACGUUCCUCCCCUCGAUGACGAUGUAAAGGAAGCCAUCCAGGAGUUUUGUAGAUGGUUUGAUUCUCUGGGAGGAGAGAAAUAUAACGUUGACGAAGACGCCAUUAUAAGCCUGUUCGAUGCACGUUACGGAACCAAACCUCCCACCUCAGUCCCUGUGCAUGUGGUGGAGCUGAAUAAUUUGCCGGCUGAGUUGAGGAAAUAUGUGGGAACGCUACCUCCCCAGGCACUCUGGGAAGCCCUUCUCUGCCAGGAAUCCAGUCUAAGCCCUCCCAGCCUGAACAUACAGCAACUAAGCUGCUCUUUGCCCCACUUGCCUGUUUUUCGACAGGAACCUUACCGACCCAAGAGGGAGAAGAUCCGGUAUGGCGCCUGGUAUCUAGACCCAAAGACAUGGAAAAAACAGAAAGCCAGCGAACCUUUAGAAGAUCCUCAACUGGAAAAUGCAAGCAUCAAGAAUUCAAGGAAGAUAUUGGCUGGAAAGGAAGCUGAAAUUAUGCAGCUUUAUGGAACUUAUGCCUUCAAGGAAUUCCUGGAAAGGAAAGGCUACCGGAUCCCAGAGUUCCUGCAACAGAUGCUAGCUGUCCAGAAUGUUCUUGGACCUGAAACCAGAGCUGUGAAAGGCUCCAGGAAUAAAUUUCAGACCAAAGAGCUCCAAGAAAACUCACCCUCAGAUACAGCAGAUGAAUGA